UUCAACGAAUAUUUAUAUACAAUGGCUGAAAAUAAAAGUUAUAAUAUUUUAAUUGCUUGUACUGGAAGUGUAGCGACAAUUAAGUUAUCACUAUUAACAGAAAGUUUAUUAUUAAACAAUAAAAUCGCUCAGAUUCGUAUUAUUGUUACAAAUCAUGCCAAACAUUUUUAUAAUCCCGAAGAUAUACCUAAAAAUGUUGAAGUUUAUUGUGAUGAAGACGAAUGGAAAACAUGGAAUAAACGUGGGGAUCCUGUUUUGCAUAUCGAAUUGGCUAAAUGGGCCGAUAUGCUUGUAAUUGCACCAUUAGACGCAAACACUUUAGCAAAGAUUGCAAACGGUCUAUGUGACAAUCUAUUAACAUGUGUUGUUCGUGCAUGGGAUAUUAAAAAACCAUUAAUAUUUUGUCCAGCGAUGAAUACAAAAAUGUGGGAUCAUCCAAUAACAUCACAACAUAUAUCAAUAUUAGAAAGUUGGGGCUAUACAUUAGUACCAUGUAUUGCAAAAACAUUAAUGUGUGGUGACACUGGUAUUGGGGCCAUGGCUGAAGUACAAACAAUUACACAACGUGUAUUAGAUAAACUCAAGUCAUUGUAAAUAAAAUUAUAAUUUAUAUAUAUAUAUAUAUUGUAGGUAUCACUAUGAACCUUUUAGAUAGUCAAUUAUUUUGUAAAUUAAAUGAGAGGUAUUUAUUGUUAUUCAUCAAAA